GGUGUGAUCUCCAUUCCUCUGUACAUCCCUCACACACUGGAUGGUUGGAAUUUUGGAAAUGAACUCUGUGUAUUUUGGCUCAUCAUUGACCACCUUUUGUGUACAGCAUCUGUGUAUAACAUUGUUCUCAUCAGCUAUGAUCGAUACCAGUCAGUCUCUAAUGCUGUGUCUUAUAGAGCUCAACAUACUGGGAUCUUGAAGAUUGUCACUCAGAUGGUGGCCAUUUGGGUGCUGGCCUUCUUGGUAAAUGGGCCAACGAUUCUGGUUUCAGAGUCUUGGAAGAAUAAUACUUGGAAUAAUAAUAAUAAUAAGGAAUGUGAACCUGGAUUUUUUUUGAAAUGGUAUAUGCCCCUUAUUACGUCGUUCUUGGAAUUCCUGGUCCCAGUCAUCUUAGUUGCUUAUUUCAAUGUGCAUAUUUACUGGAGCCUUUGGAAGCGGGGUAAUCUUGGUAGAUGCCUCAGCCAUCCUGGACUCACCUCUGACUCCUCCAGAGACUUCGGACACUCAUCCAGACAUGGACUGUUUUCAAGGACAUCUCUUCCUGCAGGGAAGGACGCAACAUCAUCCUGUGGUUCAGAGAGACAAGGAAGAAACAACAGUCUCUUGUUUUCCUUCAGAACCUACGUGAAUAGCAAUACAAUCACUUCUAAAACUAGUUCCCUCUCCAAAUCGGAUUCUAUAGCUCUUCACCAAAGAGAACACAUGGAACUGCUCAGAGCUAAAAAAUUAGCCAAGUCGCUGGCUAUUCUCUUGGGUGUUUUUGCCAUUUGCUGGGCUCCAUAUUCUCUGUCCACAGUUGUUCUUUCAGUUUACAAACCAGAGCAGCGUUCGAAAUCGGAUUGGUACAGAAUUGCAUUUUGGCUGCAGUGGUUCAACUCCUUUGUUAAUCCCUUUUUGUAUCCAUUAUGUCACAGGCGUUUUCAGAAGGCUUUCUUAAAAAUAUUUUGUAUGAAAAAGCAAGGGAUACCAUCACACAAUCGGUCAACAUCCUCUUGAUGAUAAUGUUCUCACUUCUAUAAAUUUUAGUCUUCAUCUCACCAAGGUGAAUUUCAUCUUGCCCAUUCCACUCUACCAAAAAAAAAAAAGUCCAUAAAACCAUAACAAUUGAAAACUUAAAAAAAAAAUCUGCACUUGGACGCCAAUGGAACAUUAUCCCAGUAAAUAACAGUCUAAUGAUGAAUCGAUAACAUAUUUUUGUAAACUCAUAGCCACAAAGUACUAUUUUUCUUAGUCAUCACCUCUUCCUUGUUUUGUAGAUCUUGAUACAACCUUGAUUGUGAAAGUCCAGAGUCUCUCUUCUCUUUUUAGGUACAAUGUUUGCUACAGUCAUAAGUUAAUUUCACCUUUUUAUUUGAUAGCAAUACAAAUGUGUCCAGUUUUGAAAAUCAUUCCCUGAAGUAUGCAAUAGAGCCAGGAGCCUCAAUUAGGGGUAGGGAGCUCUGUGAUCAUCAGUGGGAAGGUGUGUUUGGGUUUGAGUUGGCAAGAACAGGGGAGUUGCAGUGAACCCAGGUGAGCUCGUGUGUCUCUCCAGAGUUUAUGUCCCUGAUCCCAGUAAGGAAGGAGGUGUGGUGUGGUAGAAGAGAGCCCUGGCAAUCACAGAAGAGGAGGAGAGAUAGAGAAGAGCUUGUCCUAUUCCUUCCUGCCCUCUUCUUCCAACUUCCAUACAAGCUACAACUCUUUGGGUGGAAAUACCAGAAAAAGAGGACAGGUAAGAGGUGGUGAGAGGACCACAGGACCACUGACCUGGCAGAUGUCAAUGGUUAUUUCUCAAAUACUGUUGUAUCUAUUUAAUGUCUUUUACUCAAUUUGCCCAAUCUUUUAUAUUGCAGCGCUCAGUGUUAUUCCUUUAUAAUGUAGUUGUUACAGGUUAUACUUUACCGAUAAUUCACCAUGUAUUAGUUUGGUGAUGUUUUUGUCCUUUGUUCACUUUUAAAUGUUUUCUAUUCCUCAAUGUCAUAAAAUUUUAUUU